AUGGCACCAGCCGCCACUGAUUCUCCGCCUCAGGCGGACACACCAAUGACUGACGCUAACGAUGAUGUUGUUCCAUCGAUUCCCGUGGACGCGCCGAGCUAUCAAGCUACCCCUGAAUAUACGGACUCGGAGACCAACCCCAACACCACAGCGAGCAGCGUCGCAGGCGAUGCCGCUCUAGGAGAUGGACGACGACGCCGGUCAGAAGCUACACAACUGAGAAAGAGUAUCUUGGGCAAGAAGCAAAGCCGUCUGGACGAAACCAAGGAGGAUGAUUCUAUUCGUCGAUUUCGAUACCUGCUGGGCCUCACCGACCUGUUCCGCCACUUCAUCGAGACCAACCCUAACCCGCGGAUCAAGGAAAUUAUGGCUGAAAUCGAUCGCCAAAAUGCAGAAUCUGAGGAAAGAGCACGCAAGGGAUCUUCGCGCUCCGGAGGUGCAGGUGGAGAUCGACGUCGCCGAACCGAGCAGGAGGAAGAUGCAGAGUUGUUACAGGAUGAAAAGAGUGGCGGGGAGACCACCACUGUGUUCCGAGAGUCGCCAGCUUUUGUCCACGGUGAACUCCGCGACUACCAGAUUGCCGGUUUGAACUGGCUGGUUUCCCUCCACGAAAACGGUAUCUCUGGUAUCCUGGCCGACGAGAUGGGACUGGGCAAGACUUUGCAGACUAUCUCCUUCCUGGGCUAUCUACGCUACGUUGCUGGAAUUUCUGGCCCGCAUUUAGUCGCCGUUCCAAAAUCCACACUCGAUAAUUGGAAACGAGAGUUUGCCAGGUGGACCCCCGAAAUUGAUGUCGUGGUUCUCCAGGGUGACAAGGAAGAGCGACAACGUCUUAUCAACGACCGCCUUGUCAAUGAGAACUUUGACGUAUGUAUCACCAGUUACGAGAUGAUCCUCCGCGAGAAGUCGCAUCUUAAGAAGUUUGCCUGGGAGUACAUUAUCAUCGACGAGGCCCACCGCAUCAAGAACGAGGAGUCUUCCCUGUCUCAAAUUAUCCGUCUAUUCAACUCCCGCAACCGACUGCUGAUCACCGGUACUCCGUUGCAAAACAACCUCCACGAGCUGUGGGCACUACUCAAUUUCUUGCUGCCGGAUGUUUUUGGUGACUCCGAUGCUUUUGACCAGUGGUUCUCCAACCAGGAAUCCGAUCAGGAUACUGUUGUACAGCAACUUCACCGCGUCCUUCGUCCUUUCCUACUUCGACGUGUGAAGAGCGAUGUUGAGAAGAGCCUGCUACCCAAGCAGGAAAUGAAUCUUUACGUACCCAUGUCCGAUAUGCAGAUCAAGUGGUACCAGAAGAUUUUGGAGAAAGAUAUCGAUGCUGUCAACGGCGCGGCCGGAAAGCGCGAGUCUAAGACUCGUCUCUUGAAUAUUGUCAUGCAAUUGCGGAAGUGCUGUAACCACCCCUACCUCUUCGAGGGCGCCGAACCCGGGCCUCCCUACACCACCGACGAGCACCUUGUGUUCAAUUCUGGCAAAAUGGCUAUUUUGGAUAAGCUUUUGAAUCGCAUGCAGGCCGAUGGUAGCCGUGUCCUUAUCUUCUCCCAGAUGAGCCGUGUUCUGGAUAUCCUGGAAGAUUACUGCGUGUUUCGUGAGUACAAUUAUUGUCGAAUUGAUGGCACCACAGCCCAUGAGGAUCGCAUCGCUGCAAUCGAUGACUACAACAAACCUGGGUCGGACAAAUUCAUUUUCCUGUUAACUACACGUGCCGGUGGUCUAGGCAUUAACCUGACCACUGCCGACAUUGUGGUACUAUUUGAUAGUGAUUGGAACCCCCAAGCCGAUCUCCAGGCUAUGGACCGUGCGCAUCGAAUUGGACAGACCAAGCAGGUAAAGGUUUUCAGAUUUGUUACGGAGAAUGCGAUCGAGGAAAAGGUCCUUGAACGUGCAGCCCAGAAGUUGCGUUUAGAUCAACUUGUCAUCCAGCAAGGGCGCGCUCAACAACAAUCCAAGAAUGCCGCGUCGAAGGACGACCUACUUGGUAUGAUUCAGCAUGGUGCUGCCAAUGUGUUCGGCCCGCGAAGCACGGGCGACGGCUCCAACGACAUUAGCCAGAAUGACUUCGAAGCUAUUCUUCGAAAGGGCGAGGAGCGAACAGCUCAGCUGAACAAGAAAUAUGAGAAGCUUGGCAUCGAUGACUUGCAGAAAUUCAGUUCCGAGAGCGCGUAUGAAUGGAAUGGUCAGGAUUUCACAGAGCGCAAGAAGGACAUCGGUAUGACCUGGAUCAACCCCGCCAAGCGUGAGCGAAAAGAACAGUUCUACUCGAUCGACAAAUACUACCGUCAAGCCCUAGCUACUGGUGGGCGGACUGCCGACACUAAGCCCAAGGUUCCACGGGCUCCUAAGCAGACCACAGUCCAUGACUGGCAGUUCUUCCCUCCUGGGUUGCAAGAACUGCAGGAGAAAGAAACUGCCUAUUUCCACAAGGAGAUUGGCUACAAGGCUCCCUUACCUGAAGGCCCAGAGGAAGAGCUCAGCGACCGAGAGGCAGAGCGAGAUCUUGAGCAACAAGAGAUCGACAAUUCUCAGCCACUCACCGAGGAAGAAAGAGCGGAAAAGGAUCGCAUGUCGGAGGAUGGCUUUUCUACCUGGAACCGCCGUGAUUUCCAACAGUUUGUCAACGGUUCGGCCAAAUUCGGCCGCACUGACUAUAAGGGUAUCGCUACCGAGGUGGACAGCAAGGAGCCCGAUGAGGUUGAAGAGUAUGCUGAAGUCUUCUGGCGGCGAUACACCGAGAUUCAAGAUUAUCCUAAGUAUCUCAAGGUGAUUGAACAGGGUGAGGAGAAGCUCCGCAAGAUGAACCACCAGCGCAAGAUGCUACGCAAAAAGAUGGAAAUGUAUCGGGUGCCUCUGCAGCAGCUGAAGAUCAACUACACGGUAUCUACAACCAACAAGAAAGUCUAUACCGAGGAGGAGGAUCGCUUCUUGCUCGUGAUGUUGGACAAGUACGGCGUGGAAGGCGAUGGUCUCUACGAUAAGAUUCGCGACGAGGUUCGGGAAUCUCCUCUUUUCCGCUUUGAUUGGUUCUUCCUCAGCCGUACUCCAGUUGAGAUUGGCCGUCGCUGCACUACGCUCCUCAAUACCAUUGCAAAGGAGUUUGAACCCGAGGGAAAGGCCAAUGGGGACGGCAAAGGAGAGGGGAAGGGUCGUGGCCGAGACCGCGACGAGGACGAGGAGAACGAUGACGCGGCAGCUCCUGCAAAGAAGAAGGCUAAGAAUGGCGCCACCACCGCCAAGGCUAAACCUGCUGCUAAGGUCGCUAGCAAGGGUGCCUCUGCCUCCACCUCGCGGGCGGCAAGUGUUUCGAAUGCCCCCAAGUCCAAGACUCGGAAGAGAUAA